UUUAUUUAAAAUCGAAAAAGCACAAUCCAACUUUUUCUUUCUUUUUUCUAGUUCAGGCUAAGUUGGGGUUUUUUUUCAUUAUUUUUGCAUUCAUUCUGUAACUGUAAUGUUCAAAUGUUUGGGUCCAUGCCCUGAAGUGUUAAGUGUUGUCCAAGGAGCGACACUUGAUCCACUUUUCGGGUGAUUUGAGCAUGCCUGACCACGAUUACGUUUCAAAAAGCGCUUUGGCCAUUGGGGUGAAGAGAAGGAGGAUGCAAAUGAGGAAGCAGCGCCAGUGCAAGCAGCGAGGGGACAAGUGCCGACCAGCCUGAAUUUUGUUACUUCCUGUUUAGGUGUCCCUUGAAUAUUUAGACGUCCUACUUCAGUCGUGUGAGGCUGCGGCGGCGGCCAUGUCUGAACGAGAAUCGCAAGAUGGGAACAAAGCCAAGCGGCCGCUCUACUGCUCACUCUGCAAAAUGGCCGUCAACUCGGCGUCCCAGCUGCAAGCUCACAACAGCGGCGCCAAGCACAAGACCAUGCUGGAGGCCAAGAGCGGCAACGGCGCCAUCGAGUCCUUCCCUAGAGUCGGCGGCAGCAAGGGCAAGAAGCCCCCGCCCGAGCCGGCCGGCGGCCUCCGGGACAAAACCUUUCGCUGUCACAUCUGCAACGUGCACGUCAAUUCGGACACGCAACUUAAACAGCACAUCAGCAGCCGGAGGCACAAGGACCGAGCGGCGGGGAAAGUGACCAAGCCCAAGUUCAAGCCGUAUGUGGCGGGACAACGGCUGCACACCUCACAACCAAAGAACCACGAUCAGUUCAAACCACCGUUGACACUGGCCUCGUCUCUCCUGGAUGGUCAGCUGGCAGCCGCCAUGUCGUUGCUACCGCCCUUCUCUCUCCAUUUUGGCACCAACGCCAGCCCGACCCUCUUUCGUGUUCCUCCCCUCACCAGGGCGGUCAUGCAUCCACCACUUGUGCUUCCUCACUACUGAAUAGAUUUUUUUUCACUUCUUCACUUCUCUUGUGGUGUUUGUAAUUUCCAACCUUUUCAAGCUCCAUUUUGUGAGUAUUGACAUUUAUUUUUAUUGUCAUAUUUUACGACAGAAAUUUUAGUUUGUUUCUAGUUCGAUUUUAGUUUAAUAUUUUUUUGUCUUUGUGAGUUUUUUAAUUAUAUAUUUCUUCAAGCAAAGGUAUCUACUUUGUUUCAGAAUAUAGUUUACUUGAUAUUUGAUGUGCUUUUUCUUUGGAUUCUUUGUUGUAAAUGUUUGUAUAUACAUCAUUUGAAUUCAUGUAAAAAGGUUUACAAUUAAUACACGAAUACAAGAAUAAAGGGAAUAAAAGCAUGCUAUAAAAAUAUUGAAAUCCAAAUUCAAACCAGGUUUUUUUUUUUAGAUAUUUAGGAGUCGCCGUCCUGCAAUGGGAACUCUUCUGUCGUUCACCGCUCAAGUGACGUCACUGAGCAUUGCGGCCAAUCAGCACUCGCGGCACGCAUUUCGAACGAUCCCUCCGGAAGAGGAGACGAACAGAUACCUUCGAGCAAUGGUUCGGUUACGCGACAAAAAUGCAACUUCUUUCCUGUUGACCGAAUAAAACACACACUCCUUUGUUCAUUCAAGCACUGGAUUACUUGGAUCCAAAUAAUUCGUGAGCCAUGGUGGGGAAACGGGUCCAGAAAAAGCCACCCCUGGAGGAGAUUAAGGAAAAAAUGAAGGUGAUGCGCAACAAGCAGCUCAACCGGGCGGCGGCACACAGCAGGGGGACAAGAGCCAGACUCGCCCACCAAAGUAACACUCGCUCCGCACAUUCUCCAUUAUUCAUGGUUUUUGUUAUUUAUAUAUUUAUUUUAUUGCCUGGAUUGUUUUUUGACAUUUUAUUUGCUUUGUUUUAACUUUUUUUCACAUUUUGUCUUUUUCUAGCAAUUUUAAAUGUCUUUUUUUAACUAUUUAGAUAUUUUUUAUUUAUUUAUGUAAUUAUCUAGAGUUGCUCUUUAAUGAGCUUUCCUUCUGUUUAGGAUUGCAUGAAUAUUUUUGUCAGUUAUUCCCCCGUAUUUGCAAAACGUAUUUUGCUCAUAUGUAGUACAGUCAUGGUUAAUGUCUGCUGUUCUUGUCGCGGGCAUCAGGCAGCAUCAUGCCGGGCAGCCUGCUCGUGGCCUUGAAGCAGAACAACACGGAGCUGGCGUUAGCGCUGCAGGCAGAGAAGGAGAAGGUGCGGCAGGCCAAUGCUAUCAUCCUGCAGUUGAGGCAGUCCCUCGUCUUCCACAUUACGCUGCUCAGGAGGAAGGUCCGGGAGCAGCAGUCCCUCACCACUUCCUCCCCUCUGGCUGAAGCAUCCGAGCUGCCCGUGGAAGCGAAUGUGGAGUCACCAAGGAGAGAAAAGAUCAGCGAGGGUAAACCGUGUGAGGUCUCCCCGAUUUGUGCAGAGUCUCCUAAAAUGGACGUCCAGCCUGACUAUAUCCGAAUGGCUCUGCCUCCUACGGUGAUGGUGAGGAAAAGACGCGGCGACAGGAGGCGGUCCGAUCGCGUGCGCUUCAUCGGCGAGGUGAACUUGGGGGCGCUCGGGGCAGAACGCCCCAAACAGCACGAAGACCCCCAUGAGGUUUUGAAGGGACGGGUGGACGAUCCCAUCUGCGUGCCGGACUCCGAGCCACCCGUCAAUACUCGCAAAGAUGGCCGCUAUCAGUUGCGUCCCAAAGCGGAUGCGUCCACGGCCAAGCCCCCCGAACGAGGACGCAAGCCUGAGCGAGCGCCCCUAAAAAAACCCUGGGAGAACCCCAAGCGCAGGGCGCGAUCCAAAAGCCGGGAGCGCCGCGCGCCACCCCUCCAGCAACUCAACACCUCACUGGGCUUCAACGACACCUUUGACUUUGACUGCGAGGAGGCCGUCCACCUCACGCCCUUCAGGGCCAAGCCCAACCACCCCGAAGACCCCGUUACGGAACCCGCCGGAGACCCCACCCCAGACUCUCCGGCUCCGGACCCGAGCUCGCCGUCAUCGCCAUCCUCCGAGUCGGAAGACAGCCUGUAUGUGCCGAAGAAGAAGCCCCGAAGAGAGUGUGCGUCCCCCGAGACCACCAAGGUCAUCGCCACCCGCAGGGGACGAGCCGCCAACACAAACGCCGGCCGGCCAAAAUCUGUGACAGACCAGGAGUGGCGGCAGGAGGAUGCGCAACCCAAUCAGGAAGUCGACGGGGUCCACCAAACAAGUUUCUCAAACAGUCCUCACUCCGCGUGUCAACAAGAAGGGGUGAGCCAGGACAUGGUGGGCACCGCUUUCCCCUCAGUCGGCACCCUGGCGGAAGUUGACAUGACCAUUGAUGAUGUCUUCUCCCGAUUCGGGCACUCCCUCUGUGAAAGUCAGCCUCCGCCGCCGCCUCCUCCUUCCGCACUUGCCAGCCACGCGCUCCAACAGCAACGCCAGCGCAAGAAAUGUGGGCUCGGUGGCUCCGGGCGGGUGCCGGGAAGCGUCGGCUUGACCCUGAGUGACAUGACCAAUCUGUCGCCCAUAGCCCGCCGCCACGCCUCCCAAACACUGUGCUCGUCCACGCCGGCGACCCCACGGAUGCGACGACGCACCCUAGUGGUGGACUACAAGGAGCCCUCCUUGAGCGCGAAACUCCGGCGCGGGGACAAAUUCACCGACUUGCGAUUCCUCCCGCCGGGCUCGCCCAUUUUCAAGACCAAGUUGACAGGCAGGGCUUCUCGAGCGUCCACCAGCACACGCGACAAACUAGGCAAAUAUAACGAGUCGUUUGUUGGAUGUCGUUGAUGCUUUUACCACCCAAAAAGUGUUUCGAACUGAAUGUGUUUCAAAAGCCAGAUUGAUAGUCAAGUAACGUGUAAAAUUCUUACAAAACAGGAAGCUGAUGUUCCCCCUUUUUCUUUCACAUUUAACACUUCUCAAAAUAGGCACUGUUAUUGGCAAAAAUAAGGCAAAAAAAAGUACAUUUUGACUCCAUUUUCACGUUUGCCUUCCUUUCAUUUGCUGCAAAGACCAUUGACCAAAAAAUACACAAAACUAUCUGCAGAAAUGACAACUUAAGUCAUUGAUUUUUUUUAAUACAUCUCUAAAUAGGCAACAAUCGUACGAAGCCCGUUAUUCAAUAAAUGGGGCACAAAAUAUAUUUUAUAAUUUAAAAUGUGUCUUGUUUUGCAAUGCAUGCUUUGUUCACAAAUUGAGUGAGUAGUAGCAUUUGCGUCAAACAAGAAAAUAUAUAUAUAUUUUGUUGUUGUUGGGGGGUUUUUUUUGCUCUUAGCAAAGUGGUCGUCAAGUCGGCUUGACCCUGUGUGAAACAAGUAAAUGGUUUUUUUUUUUGGUUGCUCUUAGAGUCUCAUUUUGCAAUAAAAUGUAUUUUUGGAAUUAA